UUUUCAUGGGUGUGGCAGAUGUUAUUAUUCAAUAAAUGAAUCUUUGUUUUUUAAUUUUAGUAAAAUAAUUUCAUUUCUAAUAUUAUUUUCUGUCAUAUGGGUAUUUCAUCACUUUUGUUGAGAAUGUAUUUGUAAUUUUAUAACUUACUCCUUUUUUUUUUCUGUUUCAGACUUUCAAAAAUUAGAAAGAGAAGCAAGGAUAUGUCGGAAACUGCAGCAUCCCAAUAUUGUGAGGCUGCACGACAGUAUACAAGAAGAAAACUACCAUUAUUUAGUAUUUGACUUAGUGACAGGGGGUGAACUUUUUGAAGAUAUCGUAGCCAGAGAAUUUUAUUCAGAAGCGGACGCAUCACACUGUAUACAACAGAUAUUAGAGAGUGUUAACCACUGUCAUCAAAAUGGUGUUGUUCACAGAGAUUUGAAGCCUGAGAACUUGUUGCUGGCCAGCAAGGCUAAAGGAGCUGCCGUUAAACUUGCCGACUUUGGUUUAGCCAUCGAAGUUCAAGGAGAACAGCAUGCCUGGUUUGGCUUUGCAGGCACGCCGGGUUACCUUUCACCUGAAGUAUUAAAAAAAGAACCCUAUGGGAAACCAGUCGACAUCUGGGCUUGUGGGGUAAUACUGUAUAUAUUGCUGGUUGGUUACCCCCCAUUCUGGGAUGAAGACCAGCAUCGACUCUAUGCCCAGAUAAAAUCAGGAUCUUACGAUUACCCAUCACCUGAAUGGGACACCGUAACACCAGAAGCGAAAAACCUUAUUAAUCAAAUGUUGACUGUUAAUCCAGCCAAAAGGAUCACAGCUUCAGAUGCAUUGAAACAUCCCUGGAUCUGCCAACGCGAAAGGGUGGCUUCUGUUGUACAUAGACAAGAGACUGUAGACUGCCUCAAGAAAUUCAAUGCAAGGCGUAAACUCAAGGGAGCUAUCUUGACAACAAUGUUGGCCACAAGGAAUUUCUCCAGUCGAAGCAUUAUUACAAAGAAGGGCGAUGGAUCUCAAGUUAAAGAAUCAACUGAUAGUAGUACAACUCUCGAAGAUGAUGAUAUUAAAGAAGAGUCAGAUUAUUGCUACACACGCUUACGCCUGGACUCUGAAGACACUGACGCUCGAAAACAAGAAGUAAUUAAAAUUACUGAACAAUUGUUAGAAGCUAUCACCGCAGGAGACUAUGAUGCUUAUACGAAAAUCUGUGAUCCCCACCUGACGUCAUUCGAACCAGAAUCAUUAGGAAAUCUUGUUGAAGGGAUGGAUUUCCAUAAAUAUUACUUCGAUCAUGUUGCGCCAAAAAGUAGUAAAUUUCUCAAUACUACAAUAUUGAAUCCAAAUGUCCACCUUUUGGGUGAAGAGGCUGCAUGUAUAGCUUAUGUCAGGCUUACUCAAUAUUUAGACAAACAAGGAGCUACGCAAGUUUGCCAGUGUGAAGAAACUAGGGUUUGGCAAAAAAAAGACAGUAAAUGGCAAAAUGUUCAUUUCCAUAGGUCUUCAAAUACGCCCUCGUUUUCAUAUCCACAGCAUAAGUAG